CAGAAUGACAGACAACCCUGUGAGCCAAUGGGAUAUCUUGGCAGCCAUGUUAGUCUUCCUAUCCUUGUAAAUUCUACUAAACCACAUUUAAGCGAUUGACAGUGCAUCGAGCAAGUCCAAAAAUGAGUUUUACUGAAAUGGACUGUAGCUGACACUGAGGAGAAAGUGGCAGCGGCUUACACAAAUCAAAAGAGUGGCGAGUGGGCGGGAUUUCAGGUGGGCGUGGCUAAGUCAUAGUUGGGUUGAAUCGCAGCGCAUACACAAUGGCUGCUCGAAAGUGGGGAAAGCAAACAAUUUUCAGGCCCGCCGCGUCUAGCAAAAAAUAUGAGAAAAAAAUUAUUAAAAAUUCGGAAAAUAGUUGAAAGUGAAGAAAAACCCAACAGAAAGAAUGUUAAAGCGACCGGGGCCCCUGAGUCCGGGCGGUGUUGAGCACAUAAAACUGGAGAGAGUAAUCACAUCAGAAGUAGCCGGGCUCUGCGCCCCUGUCCAUGUAGCCGGUCAGCCUUAGAGUGCCAUGGCCACGGGAACCCAGGGCCACCGUGACCACGUCCUGGAGAGAACCAAGCUCACGCCGCCCACAGGGAGGCGCCGGAGAGCAGAGGGCAAGCCCAAAAAGAAUUUCCUUUGCCAGGAGUGUCAGAAAGCUUUCAACAGCCUGGAGAAGUUGAAGGUGCACUCGUACUCUCACACCGGAGAGAGACCCUACCGCUGCUCCCACCCCGACUGCACCAAGGCUUUCGUCUCCAAAUACAAGCUGCUACGGCAUAUGGCAACUCACUCGCCAGAAAAAAACCACAAGUGUUCAUACUGUGAGAAAAUGUUCCACCGCAAGGAUCACUUAAAGAAUCACCUACACACUCACGACCCCUACAAGGAGGCGUUCGGCUGCCAGGAGUGCGGCAAGAGCUACAACACCAAGCUGGGCUUCAAGCGGCACCUGGCCCUCCAUGCUGCUAACAGUGGAGACCUCACCUGCCAGGUGUGCCUGCAGCCCUUCCCCAGCACCGUGGUCCUCCUGGAGCACCUCAAGACGCACGCCGGCAAGUCCUCUGGUGGGACCAAAGAGAAGAAGCACCGCUGCGAGCACUGUGAGCGGCGCUUCUACACCCGGAAAGACGUGCGACGCCACAUGGUGGUGCACACCGGACGCAAGGACUUCCUGUGUCAGUACUGUGCCCAGCGCUUCGGGAGGAAGGACCACCUGACGCGACACGUGAAGAAGAGCCACGCCCGGGAGCUGCUGAGGGUGAAAACUGAGCCGGCUGAUUCGCUGGAGCCCGUCGUCUUUGACUUGGCGUCUGGGGGCAUCAAGGGCGAGCUGCCGGGGAUGCUGACACCGAGGCCGCACCAGCUCAUGUACACGGGCCCCGUCCUGGACACGGAGCCCUUCCCCAACCCCACGCUGCCUUUUUCUUUUAAGUACCCACUGGGCUCCAACUUUACCUCAUACAGCGUCUCCUCACAGGAGCGGGAACAGAAUCUAAAGGGAGAACUGGAGACCUACCUGAUGGAGUUGCAGAGCAGCAUGCCUUCCUCAUCCUCUGCAGCCCAAGAACCCCAACUCUCCUCCUCCAAACUCGAGUUGGAGCCUCAAGUGGGCGCGCUGGAGGAAGCGGGCGAGGGGGGGUCCCUGUCCAAAAUGUCCUCCCAGAUGGCAGCAGCCGGCGCAGACUCUCUGGCCUCGUCCUCCUCUCUGAUGGACUUCUCACAGCUUUUCAACUUCCUGCCACUCAACGGGCCGCCGUACAACCAGGCGGGGGGCAGCGGGGGGGUGGGCGUCACCUAUCCUCCCAACGAAGAGCCCCCCUCCCUGGUCCAGAUGCCCCCCCAGGCUCCUGAAGACCCCGAGGUUGCAGAGAGUCCGCUGCAGAGGCUCCCCUCCUCCUUCAUAUCCAACCUGAGCUCACCCACCACACUGCCCCGCUUCCACCAGGCCUUCCAGUGAUCCAGUAUGUACUGCUGCCUGGCACACACACACACUCUAACACACACUCACACACACUCACACGUUGAGUUACACCCCCUGCUAUUCAGAAAAAAUAUGCUAGUUAAACAUGUCUGAAGAUGAAGCACUUAAUACGAAAGACGUACAAAGCAGAUAUAUCAUGAUAAGCUCUUACAGUAACACACACACACAAUCACACACACACACACACAGUUUGCCUUAAUCAGCUUUCUAAAUGCUGCUGCUGAGAUUCCACCUAUUAAGCCUUUUAUUGAAGAAUUCGCAAAUCCUCACCACCACUACUCCAUGAUGACAUGUUCACAUAAUAGCAGGAAAAUAUUACAAACCAGUAUCCAAAUCUUCUGUUUCUUACUUUUCACAACUUGAAUAACUUCUGAUUUCUAUGAUAUCUAACCUAUUCAAAGGCCUUUGGUGCAGUUACAACUCGCCACACACACAAUAACCUGCUUUUCCACAACAAUGUGAACAUGGUGAGAGCUUAUCAGUCUUUUGGGAGUUUUCACAUAGAUGGUUGCUAUUAGUGAUUUCAUUGCAGUGACAUUUUCUUUACCUCCUAGAAUAGAUCGGUUUUAGUGAACAGAUUAUGGGGUAUAUUGUUGUUCUGCAGCACUUUGGGAUGUUCGUCUGUCAUCACAGUUGACCUUUCACCAGACUGUAGGUUUUGGAUGUUUUUUGCCAAUUUACAUCUAUUCAUUACAUCAAAAAUGACACUGACAAGGCAGUGUUUGAAUUUCAUAAAUGUCUAAUCUGUAUAGAAUGACUUGAGUUGAUCAAUUACAGUGAUCAUAUGCUCGUAUCUUGUCGAUAACUUCACUGUGCGCUUGUGUUACGCAGUACAGUAAAGUUCGACAUAAUGCUCACUAUGCUGGAUUACAUAUAUUUCAAAUAUGUAGUGAAAUUCUAGACACCAAUGCCUUCCUGGAAUUUGGGAAAACGUACUUAAAAUAGCUUACAUUUAUUAUCAGAAAGUCAAGUAAUUAGUAGUAAAUAGGCUUAAACCUUCAAAAACAUACAUCUGGUCUUUUGAUCAUUCCAUUUAGCUAAAGUGAAUUCACAUUAUGAUGGACAAGGUACUGAGAAGGAACUACUGAGCAACAGUAUUACACUUUGACAUUUCAUUUUAGUAUAGUUGGUUGAUUUUCUGCUCAAGUUUUAUCUUAAUUCUCGACAUUCUCAAAGCUGACAUAGUAGAGUUAUUUGGUUAACAAGCACCUGUUUCCACACAGAGAGCAAUACACACACACACACACACACACACACACACACAUCUCUAUUCACCGUUUAUGUAACCCUCGAUGUGCCUUACUUCUCAAAGGUCAUAAGUGUUUUUAUCAAUACGUCACACUCCUAUCAAACUUCUAAGAAGUGUCAUUAUAUGAAAUGCAGAACUUGUGUGUCUUAGGUUUAAAUAUUGAACUGUUUGAACAUAAUACACCUUCAAUGAUGUGUUAGAACAAGCAAAUGCAGAAAACUUGGGACGAUAAUUGGACCCAAUAAGUGGAAAAAGGAGGUUGAAGAGAUGCUAACGAAUGCUAACAUAAUCAUAGUUAGUGCUAGUUUGGGUUAGCAUCAUUUGUGACCUCAGUACCCCUGUGUGAUUCAAUCACAUUUCCGAUGGAAAACAUUUGUUUUAAGGCAUAUUUGUGUUACCCUGGGCAACAUGUUUUCAUUGUGGGCUAACAGUCAAAUCUGUGAGAUCACAGAAAUACUUUUAAAGAUUGAAACAUGCUGCUAGAAUACAAGUUAUAUUUUAUUUUUUAAACAGGCCUAUUCUGCUUUUGGGGGUUUUCCCUUUCCUGUAGUGUGUGUAUAGGUUUGUGUGCCUGUAAAUGGUCUGCUAAGGCUCAAAUCCCGCUAAGUCCACAGAGCCGGCCAGCUAACCAAUCAGAGCACACUGGGCUCUGGUUGAUGAGCACAAUAUGUCCUCUUUAAAAACACAUUUUUACAACUUUACCAAGGUUUGCUGGGGAUACUGAGGUAAAAAACAAUGGCUCCGUUUUCAGUUAUAUUCGGUGUUUUCGAGCAUUUUCAUACAAUUAACGCGCGGUGCUAGCAAUCGUUAAGCAGCAAUAUAACAGGGCUGGGUGUCGACUGAAAUGUGUUUAGCACUGUGCUAAAAGCUGAGAAAAAGACGUGUUUAGAUCCAUUACUGUGUUCACUUCUUAUGACCCAAUAGUUCCUGAAAUGAGAACUUAUUUUGUAGAUUACAAAUGAGAUUUUGUAAGAUGUAUGUUUUGGUAUCCGUAUCAAAACUCUUUUGAAAUGCCAAUCAUUACCUACAAUGCAACUGAAGGAUGAAAAUACUUUAGCAGAUUGAUAUCAUUUCAUGAAACAAAGAUGUCCUUUUUCAACUUUUCAAGAGAUAUCUGACUGCACACCAUACGGCAAAAAAUGUGAACUUUACACCCCACACCUUCACUCCC